AUGUUUGUGCUUCCACCACCGCCCACAUCGACGAAACAAGCGUUGCCAGGCCUGCUGUCGAAACGCAAAGGCCCGGAACUGGCGCCUGUUCCCGAGGACCACGAGUUUGUCAAUGCCCCGCCUGAGUUCGCUAGUCGUGCCCGCGAUGAGAUCCACAAACGGCUCCUCAAGGGCAAGAAAAAGGGCGUCACACCAGCCGCACCCAGCAUCGCACAUUCACGUUCACGUGACUCAGACUCUGUCUCGCUCGCAACCAUCUCGACGGCCGGAUCCAGUCUGUUCUCCUCGAGAGCUAGCACUACGGCUUCUUAUAUCGACUACAUCGAGGCGCCCAAGACAAUUCAUCUCCAGGACGCGCUUCCGAAGACUUUCUACGACAUGUACUCCUCAGACCUACUGCUCGACCCACAAAACCUGCUAUGCAACGGCCGUCCUAAAUUCACCAAACGGGAGCUCCUCGAUUGGGACCUCAACGAUAUCCGUUCUUUGCUCGUAGUGGAACAGUUUCGGCCCGAAUGGGGAGCGCAACUUCCUUUGGUCGAAUUCGACACUUCUUCCAUUACUUCCUCGUCCUCUACUAAAACACCUGUACCCCAGUUCAGACUACAACUUCUACCACUCAACUCCACGGAUGACUUCAUAAUACGCACUUUGGUCGAAUCUGACCUGUACUUGGAGGCAAACCUCGAUUACGAGUUCAAACUUACAAGUGCCAAAUAUACCGUUGCUGCAGCUCGCAAACGUCACCAUCAAUAUCUUGGCCGUGAAGAAUCCAUUAUGAAUCUAUCAAAACCCGAAUGGCGAAACAUAAUAGAAAAUUAUUUGCUCAAUAUUGCCGUUGAAGCCCAAUGCCGGUUUGAUUUUAAACGUCAUUGUGCCGAUUACAAGAAAUGGAAACAACAACAAGCGCUUGUGAAGAAGCCGGAUAUGCCUCCGCCUUCCACUAUUCCUUCCAGGAAACGCGAAUCUUUGUUGAAAAGAACCUUAUUGAGAAACACCGCUAUGCUAUCAUCUGAGGACAACAUUCCCAUAGCGUCACCAAACAAUCCCACAACCACCAAUCCUGCCGCACCAUCUAAGAUCUCUCUGACGAAGGACGAAAAAGCCAUGCUUUGGUCACAAUGUCAGUCCCGGGUCUAUCAAAGACUGGGCCUCGAUUGGGCUCCCGAUGGAAUUUGA